GCAGCAUUUGUUUAGUGUGCUUUCACAAGUGUUUCAUGCCUGUUUAUCAGAGAGCAGGUUUGUUUUUUUGUUUUUUUUUCCUGAACGCAGAACUAAUUUAAAUAUCAAUGUAAAAUCUAAAUGGUGGCCAGCUUUGAUGAUGUAAACCACUCAAAGCCACUGUGCUAGCAAGUGCUCUUGCAAGGCUUUCUCUUUUUUCCUGCUUGUUUUUCUUUAGUUUUUCCCCAUAUCAAACGCUUUUCGCCCACGUACCCGGCCUGUGAGGGCAGCGCACAUACAGAGCCUUCUCUAUCUACUGGCAGGCGAGGCAGCAGUUCUGCCGAGCCAAAGGAACAGGGCCUCCUGUGUUCUGAGGAAGAACAGCUGCUCACUGAGUCUUGUUUGACCCUCCCCUGCACAUGCACAGGUGCCAGUCUAAGGCUGGAAUAAUAUCCUCAUUAAGUACACAAAUUGAGCAGCUGCCUCCUCCAAAUGUCCUCUCUGUCAUAACAGGCUUUCCUCUCUCUCUCAAACCACCACCCUUGCCCAGGAGCUCAGGUCACAGCUGCUGGUAAGCUCACGUUGCCCUGUACUGCUGCUUCAUUUGUUGCCAGCACGUUAUGAGUCAGUGCGAAUGAGUCACAGGGAACAAGCUGUAAUUUCACUUCUGCAGGGCAUCACUUCGUCAUGUCACCAGUGGCACGUACCAGCGUACCUAAUGAUACCAGAUACCAGAUACCAGCCUGAGAGGUCAGAGAUGCUUGUCUGCAGAUGUUUUUUUUUUCUUUUUUCAAACAAAAAGCUCUCUAGUUGUUCCUUUGAGUGUUUUGUUUCCACCAUUGAUAUUCCCUGAACACUUUCCUAUCUGAUGUACUUCAUGUGCAGUGCUCAGGAAAUAAAUGCAAAAUUGGGUCACAAUGUUCAGGUUUGGCCACUAGCACAUGUUCUUUUUGUGAUGUUUUUGAAGAUGGAUGUGUAGAUCAACAUAUAUCAGGAAGUGAAACCAAGCUUGGUAUCGAACUCUGGGAAUCUUUCAAACCAAAUUCUCACUUCCACCCACAGCCUGAGUGAGUGAAUGUGAAAGUCCUGCCUUGAUUUUCCCUUCAGCUGUGAAUGAUAAACACAAGCCACUGCUGUCCAAACAUCUGCCCCAACAGAUGGACUAGUACUCUGUGUGUGUGUGUGUGUGUGUGUGUGUGUGUGUGUGUGUGUGUGUGCAUACUUUACACAUUUCCAUUUUUGACUUAGCCUGCUGUUGUCCUCUCAAAAUAACUUCCAUUCUUCACGACCUUAUAUGUGCACGGCUACUGUGUGAAGAAGAGCCUGCCUGCAAAGGAAUCAUGUAUCCAGGCCUUGCAGAGCAGACUGCAUCCCCAGCAACUGCUGUUCCUCUGUGUGUAUCAACAGACUAGAUCUCAGCCCAGCAUACAAAGGCCUGUUUGAUGCUUUCACUCUCUUUGCAAUGCAUCUCACAAAUCUUAAUCAGGAGUGCCUGCUUCAUCUUUUUUCAUUCUUGGAUAAAGACAGUCGGCAGAACCUGUCUCUGACCUGCAAGCGUCUCCGUGUAGUCUUCCUGGACCCUCAGCUCUGGUCUCUGCUCAACUUUUUCUCUCCUAGCGAACUUACGAGGAACAACUUCAUCCUUGGCCCCUUUUUGAGGUACCUAAAUAUAUACUGGCAUUCCAGCAGGGUCAAAGUGUGUAAUAUUGAAGACUAUAAGAAGACGAUGUUCCAGAGGGACCUUUGCAGCAAGCAUGCGAGCUUGGUCAGCCAUUUCCUGGAGCGUGUCUGCCACAUGUGUCCAAACUUGCUGUCCCUAACCCUUUCCGGUUGUGGACACAUCACAGAUGGAGACGUGAUCAACGUGCUGUGCAGCUGCAGGCGACUGCAGCGACUGUGUCUAGAGAACUGCUGCCGUGUGACGGACGCUGUGCUGCAGGCAGUAGUAACCCACGGAGGCAGACUGCAGGAAGUGAGGUUGGAUUUCUGCAGGAAUGUAACACACACAGGCCUGCAGACUUUCAGAGAGAAGAGGCCUGCAGUUCGGCUAGUUGCUGAGCGGAGUGCAGGGAUGAUACCUGACACUCCGCCUGGGGAAAAACUGCACAGCAGGAGGGCACUGCAGAAAGUCCUUAUCUUUUCCUGAGAACCAAGGAUGGGGAUGGGAAGACGAGGUGUCUUCUGAGACCUGACAAAUCAUAGCAAAGUGAUCUAUUUAUUAUUAUUAUUAUUAUUAUUAUUAUCAUUAUUAUUAUUAUUGUUAUUAUUAUUAUUUUGAGGUUGAAAAGGGGGCAUUGUGUUCAAAUUACUUAUUAUUUUUCAUUUUUGUUUUUAUUUGAAUUUUUAUUACUG